CCUUUCCCGGUUCUCGCCUCUUCUCCAGCUCAUCCUGCGCGUGAGGCCUUGGCUCCGCCCUCAAUCAGGGCGGGUCCUUCAGCGUGUUGUGCGCCUGCGCAAAGUGUAACGCAUUGUUUUUGUUGUUGGGAAACUUUCCGAGGGUUUUUACCAUUAAAUACGUUAUUCGUGAUUGCGUCCAUGAAGGAACUGUAAUGUUUUACUACAUGGAAGCUAUUGAGACCAUUUUAUAAUAGCCUGUUUUUUAUCUUCAGACUACUUUUUUUUAAAUAUCGCGUCUUAAAAAUGUUCCUCCAAUCCAUAAAGAACGUAAACAUCAAUUUCAACGCGUUAAAUGAGAAGGGCAGUUUCUCCAGCGGCGACCUGGUAACGGGACACGUCUCCUUCGACCUCUCAAAGGAGACGAACAUCACUUUGAUAGAGAUGGCAAUGGCAGGAAAGGCGAGUGUCCUCUGGUCCACGGGGGGAAGCGGGGGGAGAAGGCGAAGAAGACAUCGGAGACACUACGCGGCGGAAUUGGACUUCUUUAAGUUCAAAAGCGUGAUCGCGCAACGAAACAGCGCCACAGGAGGGGCGGCCAAACUACAGUCGGGCACGCACGUGUAUCAGUUUACCUGCCAGCUCCCACUGGGAGACUUCCCCUCCACCUUCCAUGGAGUUAAUGGACAGAUACUGUACACCUUGACAGUGAGCAUCCACAGACCGUGGCAUAUGAGCAAGGAUUUUGUGACAGAGUUGAACUUUGUCAACCGCAUAAAUACAAAUCAGCCACUGUUGCAGGCUCCUCUUUCGGGCUCCAACAGCAUGACUCUGUGCUGCCUGUGGUGUGUCUCUGGUCCCAUCGCCAUGACAGUCAGCGUGGAGAAGAAAGCUUUCAUCCCCGGUGAAGCCGUGAAAGUCAUUUGCGACUUUAGCAACGCUUCAUCUCGAACUGCUACUCCCAAGGUGGUGCUGCAGCAGAAACAGACUUGCUACGACAACAACAAGCUCAACAAGAAAGCGGUGGUCAAAAACUUGACGCGCGUCUGCGGCCGACCCGUCGGUGCUCACACCUCGCACGUCCACGCCGAGCUCGCGCUCCCUAUUCCCACGUUGGCGUCGCUCACAAUUUCCAACUGCAGCAUCAUAGACGUGGACUACGUCAUUGAGGUGAGCCUCAGCGUGAGAGCGUCACCCGACCUCACCGUGCUGUUUCCCAUCAUCGUGUGUGACACCCUCGUUAACGCUCAACCUCCUCUUUAUUUGGGAGUUUUCUAACAAUACAUGCAGAGAUGUUUCAUUAUCGUUCAACGGAUCUUUCUUCUUCUACAUUGCUCACUUUGAUGCAAUUUAGCCAUCCAGCAAUUCUGUUAAACAGUGUGCAGCCUCAUAGUGCCUUCAUUUACUGUGCAGAAUGCAGUUAUGCACUGUUCACCAAAUCAUGACAGCAGGAUGUUUAUUAAAUAGGUGGGAGAGAAGUCAUUUUGACUACGGUGAAACGUUAGAAGUAUUACAAAUUUGUUAAGGUUCCAGUGUUAUUUCCUCUUUUUUCAUCCCAAAUAUUUUAAUACUAUAUCUUGUUUGCUGUUAUCAUUCAAAUACUGUUGUACUGUUGUUUUCUAAAUGGAGAAUAUGU